CCAGCACUGUUCACGAUAACCAAACAUUAUAAAAGGAGCAACAAAGUUCAAUUCAAUUAGUAUACUUCAAACAACAAGAACAACAAAUCAAUCAUCAAACAAAAUUACAAGCUCUAGCUAAAUUUAUUUUGCUUGAAAUUAAAGAUGGUUAGAAGAGGGGUUCCUCUUUGCGUGCAGUGUGGCACAAGAAGCAACCCGUGCCGGUGUAAGGUGGUGGGGCCAACGAUCGGAUUCGUGGCGUUUGUCGUGGCGGGGGUGGUGGAAUGGCCGGUUGGGGCUCUUGUUUAUAUCUUUAAGCAUAGGAAGGGUCGCAGAAUCAUGGGUCAUCCUGCCACCGUUGUAUACCCAAAAGUCACCAGAGCCAUCCCCAUAUGAUUAACUUCAUUCUAUAAAUUAGUUGUAUUUAUUUUUGUCUUGUUAUCCAAUUUCCCAUUUCAUGUUAUAAUAUUAUGUACUCCAUCCAUAUAGUUUUGAUGUACGAGCAUCAUAAUGUGUGGGAACAUAUAUAUUUUGUUUAGUUUGCUGUUUUAGAUGUAUGAUAAACUAAUCAAUCAAACUAAGCUUUUUUUUUU